AUCAUCCCGUCUUCACCCAAACCCUCAGUCACCUGUAUAUAUAGAUUGACCAUGGCUCACAACUUUGAGCCAUUGACCAACGAUUUGGUCCUGAGAACGGCACGAGGCGAAGAUGUAGAGCGUGCCCCAGUAUGGAUCAUGCGUCAAGCUGGCCGGUACCUACCGGAAUACCACGAGGCAAAGGGAAAUCGGGACUUUUUCGAAGUCUGUCGCAAUCCCGAAAUUGCCUCUACCUUGACUUUGCAGCCCAUUGAGCGCUUCGCCGGCUUGCUAGACGCCUCUAUCAUAUUCUCUGACAUCCUCGUCAUACCCCAGGCUUUAGGAAUGGUCGUCGAGAUGGUAGAGAAGAAGGGUCCGCAUUUUCCGGAUCCGUUGAAGUCGCCCGACGACGGUCAAUACGCCAAGGUGCUCAACAGGAGUGUAGAUGUUGCGGCCGAGUUAGGCUACGUCUACGAGGCCGUGACGUUGACGAGGAAGAAGCUGAAAGGCCGCGUGCCAUUGAUCGGCUUCUGCGGAGCUCCUUGGACUCUCUUCUGCUACAUGGUAGAGGGCGGCGGGACAAAGCUCUUCAUCGAGAGCAAGAAGUGGAUCUACCGCUUUCCUGAAGAGUCCAAGGCCAUGCUUCAGAAGAUAUCAGAGGUCUGCGUUGAGCAUUUAGCGCUGCAAGUCAAAGCCGGAGCUCAGAUGAUCCAAGUCUUCGAUUCGUGGGCAGGAGAGUUAUCUCCUUCGACUUUCAAGAAGUUCAGCGAACCUUACCUGGCUUAUAUAUCUAAGCACCUACCCAAGAGGUUGACAGAGCUAGGCUUGGAACAUGUGCCCAUGAUUGUCUUUCCUAAAGGGGCUAACUACGCUCUCGACUCCGUUUGCAACCUAGGUUACGAUGUCGUGGGAUUGGAUUGGCAAAUCGACCCCGCGGAAGCCGUCAAGAUUCGAGGGAAUAGACGUAUCGUGUUACAAGGAAAUGCGGACCCCGGUGUUUUAUACGGCACACAUGAAUCUAUAACCGAGACGGUAGAAGAAAUGGUAAAGGGUUUUGGAGGUGGCAAGAAGGGUUGGAUCGCCAACCUAGGCCAUGGCAUAACGCCAUUUGUGAAGCCGGAUGAUCUAAAAUUUUAUCUUGAAGAGAUAAAACGGUUAACAAGCAGUUAAAGAGACGUUGUAGAUUCUAUUAUGUUUUUAUAAGGGAUCGCUAGUAAGCUAUCUAUCGGGUCGGAAAACUCUUGUCUAGAUCUAUCGUGCUCCUAUUCCUAGUUAGUUACUCGGCGAAAAGAAAAAAAGAUAUAGAAUAACAAUGUAUGAGUGGUUACACUUACCAAGAUACCGUCCAAGCCACUUU